GGCUCCAUCCUUUCUUCCGUCGACACUCGCAGCCGCCGCCACAGGCGAGGCGACUAACCUAACCUCCUGCUCCUCCCGCCGCCGCGCGCCGCCGGCUCCUCGCGUCCUCUCGCGCCAGCGCUCGAGGCCUGCCGUGACUGUCGGCCGGUCGUCACCUGGGGGGCUGAACCGGGCACGCGCCGCCCCGUCCGCACCGCUGCCUGAGCCUAGAGCAUCGUUGCAUAUUCUGGGGAUUCUCCACUCCCUGCUACAACUCCGUCCCUGUCAGCAGGAUGCCACGCCAAUCCGCUAUCUCGCUAGUGAGAGAUCGGGCGAAGGUGGGGGCGCUGAAGCGUCUUACUCUGAGCUCGUCCAAGACAGCCGGGAGGAACUCAGCGGGGCGCAUCACCUCUUUCCACCGUGGCGGAGGGGCCAAGAGGUUGCAGAGGAAAGUCGAUGUCAAGCGGGGGACCUCCUCUAUGGGCAUUGUUGAGCGGAUCGAGUAUGACCCGAACCGCUCCUCUAGCAUUGCUCUGGUGCGAUGGGUCCAAGGGGUACACUUCCGUGGCCACAGGAUUCCACAAGAGCCCAGUAUCAAGCCUCAGAUCCUAGAAUCUACCACGGCAGAUGUCUCCGGUCGGUUUUCCCUUGCAACAUUGUCUGGCAGAGAGUAUAAAGGAAAGGAAGCUUCUUCUGCACUGUACUCUUCUCUGGGCAAUGGAGUUAUUCCAUCUGUGAGCUCUGGUGCAUCAUUGAGCUUACCGAGGAUAGCUUUAGCUGGUGCCAAGCCCGCUUUCUUCGCUCAAGUCAGAGGAAAUGAAGAAGGGAAACAGACAUUUUCUCUUUCUGGAAUUCAAAAAUGGGCAACAGAUGAUGCGCUUUGGGCACACAGAAUGAAGCGUCAAGCUGCUCUCUCGUGGCAGAAUGACCUGAAGAAGAAAUCUUUGCCUUUGACACAAGCUAACCGCUUCACUAGCUUGGCCGCAAAGUCCAUUGGUAUGAGUAAAGAGCCAAAAAGAAAGGUUGAUUGUGUACCAGUAUCUUAUAUAUUGGCCAGUCACCAAUGCCUGCCAGGUAGCAAAGUGAUGAACUAUGAUUCCUCGAAACCUUCUAAGAGUUCAGCCUCUUCGUUCGGUUCCUCAGCUAAUCAGUAUGAUAUCAUUGACCUCAACUCAAAGGUUGGAAACUGUAUACCAUUAGCCAAUGCACGGAUUGGAACGUGGGUGCACGAUAUUGAAUGUCGUCCUGGACAGGGUGGGAAAAUGGUUCGGGCAGCUGGUACAUAUGCUAAGGUAGUCCAGGAGCCAGGUGCACAUUGUGUUCUGCGCCUUCCUUCAGGUGCUGAGAAGACCGUCGAUUCAAAAUGCCGUGCUACAAUUGGUAUAGUCUCCAAUCCGAGCAAUGGUACACGCAAGCUGAGAAAAGCAGGGCAUAGCCGGUGGUUAGGCAGGCGCCCAGUUGUCCGUGGUGUUGCUAUGAACCCUGUGGAUCAUCCUCAUGGUGGAGGGGAGGGGCGUACCAAAGGAGGUAGGCCUUCAGUUUCUCCCUGGGGAAAGCCCACUAAAGGCGGGUACCGGUCACCAAGUGUGGCCAGCCGUAAAGCUUAGUGUGCUGGAACAAAGCUCUUGCUGGAGUGGCCUUUCUUUUUUUUCUUUGUUAUGGUUGAGAAAAUAAAGAACAGGUGUUGGUGGCAGGGGGGAAUUAUAAUCAUCCUUUGGUUGUGAUGUGCUACUUAAACUGAUUAGUGGAUUUCUUUCUCUAUUUCUUUUUCUUCUGUAACAACUUGUGGCACAUUUGGUUUUUGUUCCAUUGGUCUGGUUGGUGAAGGGAUGUUCUAAUCUUUCUGACCAAGGCUUGUUUCAGAAACAAGAUACUCAUAUUGGUAAAUUAUUCCUGUUCUUUUCCUGCC